GCGAGCUAGCAGACAAUGCUAAUGCAGCUAGUCGCUAUAUCAGCAUAUUAGACAUGUUUUAUCUCUUAUUUAACAUAGCCAGUUAACAGCUUGGCGUCUGCAAGGUGUGCUGUGCGUUUUCUAUAAGAGAUGAACCUACAGCUUCAGUCUGUGUCCUAAAAAAGCGAGCUGGUCCACUUUAAUCACAUUAGCUUAGCGAGCUGAGUUAGCGUCUAAAAGGAGGUUUUUUGUCGCUGGUGACUAUGCAAGGGGAGACAGCGGCUAUACGAAAUACCACGGAAAACGAAGGGAAGCUGGAUGUAUUACCCCAGAUUAAGACCCCAAGCUCGGGGAGAGCAAGUGCCAAAAGCUGGCAGUAUAGUGAUCACAUGGAGAAUAUUGAUGGCUACUUGAUGAAGUACACCAACCUGGUGACAGGAUGGCAAUACAGGUUCUUUGUCUUAAACAAUGAGGCGGGCUUGCUGGAGUACUUUGUCAAUGAGCAGUCGCGGCCCCAGAAGCCCCGCGGCAUGCUCCCCUUGGCGGGGGCCGUCAUCUCCCCCAGCGACGAGGACUCUCAUACCUUCACUGUCAACGCCAUCAGCGGGGAGCAGUACAAGCUCAGGGCUACUGACGCCAAAGAGAGGCAGCACUGGGUGAGCAGACUGCAGAUCUGCACUCAGCACCACACAGAGGCCAUGGGGAAGAGUAAUCCCCCACCCAAGUCCCGCAGCUACUCUAUGGCGUCUCAAGGUAGCGGCAGCUCGCCCAUGUCCGUGCGCAGACCCAGCCAGAACCCUGCCUCCGUAUUCAACUGGUCACAUAUGCACAAGGGCUCGUCACUCUACUCCAGCAAGAGGUCCCUGCUGCCAGACCAUCUAUUGGACGCCAGAGAGAUGAUGACCACGGCACAGGGCCAGCACAGAGACCUGAUCCAGAGCAUAGAAGGCUUGCCUGCAGCCCCCGGCCUCUCCCCCCUAGACCAGGACCUGCUCAUGCUUAAAGCCACUUCCAUGGCCACCAUGAACUGCCUCAACGAGUGCCUGCACAUCCUUCACUUGCAGCAGGUGGCCAGGCAGAGAAGCUCCCUGGGAGGACCCACCAUCGAGUGGUUGGAGCCUAAGCUGCCCGACAUCCUGAAGAACGGCAGCAGCUCGCUGGGCAGCUUAGGGACAGGGGAGGGCCCGCUGGAGGGGAGUCGUCUGGAGCUCAGCAGUCCUGAAUCCUGCAGCUUCUCUGGGGAGCAGGAAGACAUAGACGCAGAGGACGAGCUGGAGGACUCCUUCUCAGUCAAAGAGGAGGACCUGGGCGCUGUGGAGGAGGAGCGCAGCGUCAUCCUACACCUGCUGUCCCAGCUGAAACUGGGCAUGGACCUCACGCGGGUGGUCCUCCCCACCUUCAUCCUGGAGAAGCGCUCUCUGCUGGAGAUGUAUGCCGACUUCAUGUCACACCCGGAUCUCUUUGUCACCAUCACUGACGGCAGCAGCCCGGAGGACCGUAUGGUCCGUUUUGUGGAGUACUACCUCACCUCCUUCCAUGAGGGCCGCAAGGGUGCCAUCGCCAAGAAGCCCUACAACCCCAUCAUCGGCGAGACCUUCCACUGCUCCUGGAAGGUACCCAAGAAACCAGAGGCCCCCAAGGAGCCCUCACAAGGAAGUCCUGACCCGGAUGCCUCCCAGGACUACCACCAAGUGCGCUUUGUGGCGGAGCAGGUGUCCCACCACCCCCCUGUGUCUGGCUUCUACGCAGAGUGCCAGGAGAGGCGGAUGUGUGUGAAUACACAUGUGUGGACCAAGAGCAAGUUCAUGGGGAUGUCCAUUGGAGUAUCUAUGAUAGGAGAAGGUUGUCUUAAUUUGCUGGAACAUGAUGAAGAGUACACCUUCACGCUGCCCUGUGCAUACGCACGCUCCAUCCUCACGGUUCCCUGGGUGGAACUGGGCGGCAAAGUCAACAUCAACUGCGCCAAGUCGGGCUACUCAGCAGUCAUCACCUUUCAGACUAAACCCUUCUAUGGUGGCAAACUACACAAAGUCACAGCGGAGGUGAAGCACAACCCCACCAAUGCGGUGGUGUGUCGUGUGCAGGGCGAGUGGAACGGCAUUCUGGAGUUCAGCUACACCAGCGGAGACACGAGGGUGGUCGACGUCACCAAGCUGCCUGUUACAAGGAAGCAAGUUCGGCCAGUUGAGAAGCAAGGACCAACCGAAUCCAGACGCCUGUGGCAGCAUGUCACAGAGUCCUUACGGCAGAAGGACAUCGACAAAGCCACAGAGCACAAGAGGAUCCUGGAGGAGAGGCAGCGGUCCGAAGAGAGGCACCGCGCUGAGACCGAAACCGAGUGGAGGACCAGAUACUUUGACAGGGAGGGUGACGGCUGGGUUUAUCACAAACCACUUUCAAAAAACUCUACUCUCAAAACCUAAUUUCUUCUCUCUGUAUCUUGGAUGUUGAUAUUGUAGAUUCAGGAACGUGUGUGGGAGUGAGAGAGAGAGAGAGAGAGAGAGAGAGAGUGUGUGUGUGUGUGUGUGCGUGCGUGAGUGAGUGUGUGUGUGUGCACGAGUUGUGGACGGUUAUUUGAAACGAGAGCAUGGCCUGCACUGACAUACAGAUGAAUGCAACAUGGGGAGAAGGACAGACAGACAACAUGACUUGACGGUGUUCUCGAAUCUCGAAUCUCACUCAUGAUGUUCACGAAGCCUCCAAGUACAAGCUUUUGUACUGCUGAUUACUUUUUUUUUUUUUUAAAUAAUCAAAUGUCAAUGAAAACAUAUUCUUGUACAGGUAACGGUACUCUAUUUACACAGCCUUAAGAAAGUCAGAUGAAUGAUGCUCUAAGUUUGGGUUCUGCUGGUCAACCUGGGAUAUUUUUUUCUCAUUAUUUUUAAGCUGUGAUAACACACUAAGGUGAGGAGUGUUUUUCCUACAAUAAGAUAUCCAACAUCAAGAAAAUCUAAAUAAUAGUUUAACUGCCUGAUAAACUCUAUGUUGGGAAACGGUUGUAAAUCGGAUUUGUAAAGUCGCUGUUAAUCAUCUUCAAUUAUGCUAAACCCAACAACAGUUUACCACACUGAAAUAAAAGAAAUGUCCACUGUAGUCAAGUUUAUUUACAUGCACACAAUAUUCUGAACUGAAGUAAGAAAAUGAGGAGAAUAGCCAGACACAGAUUUAAAAAGUAGUCAAAAUUAAAGCAGCAAAGAACGAGAUGUUCUAAUUAAGUCUCUAGUCAAGUUACAGAAGCACUUUAUAAUCCUACAAUUCCCAUGAUGCAACUUGGUAAACUAGACCCUUCCUGCAUGGUAAACAACGUCUCCAAGCCCAAGAUGAAUUUACAUCAAUAAAAAUAUUACUACUAUUAACUACAUAUACAUGCACCUACACAUUCAUACUCAAACAACCAUACACUUAACAUACAACCAUGCAUAUAUUUUAAAAUGCUCCAGAGACCCAAAAACAUGCUACUCAUGAGAGCACGGUUAUUUUCUCUCAAACGAUAAGAUAACUGCACUUCCCGUGACGAAAACAGAUUUUCAUGUUUAAAAAAGUUGCGCAUUGAUCCUUCAGCCAUGUGACUCUGACAUGGUUUCUGACUGGACUCCAUCGUCAGGUUUUGUCUUUAAUCAGGUUAACGUCAGAUUAAUCGUGUGCAUUUAAAUAUACAUUAUGUAGCUCUAAAUGAUCAUUUAUUUAAUUGUUCUUUUGAUGCAAUAUUGAUGUAUUAACCAAGUCACACUGCUGGAAUGGCAUGUCAUAGAUUAGAAAUAACCAAAUUUUUAAAUAUUCAAUUGAAUGAGUCACAUGUGAAUGCAUCUAAAUAACUGCUACCCCAAUUUUUUUUUCUUUUUUUUUUUCUUUUCAUUCUGUGGUUUUUGCGGUGGACGGAAGAAUUGUACAUGCAUGAAAGCAGAGAGUCUUUCUGUUCACAUCGAUUGCAGCAAGUAUACUACUCCUGUGUUUGCAUUACUUAAAUUUAUAAAUGUCUGUUGUAAAAGCUUUUAACCAAAUUUUGCUUGUUUUGUAAUGCAAAUAAAUAUAUUUCUUUGAAUGCGUGUUUAUCCCCUACCUUGCGCUUUAAUUGCUCUCAUUUUUAGAGCCACUUUUUGUAUAGACCUUCAGUGUUCAUGCUACCCCCCCCCCCUUUUUUUGGAAGCAAUUCCAGUCAAUACUGUGAUGUUUAUGUGAUAACCCUUUUUUUCUCCCCUUCUAAAUUGAAUUUUAGCCUCACGUUCUCAAAGCAUCCCAGUAUCUUGUAGGAAACAGUUCUUAUUCUCUCUACAGAAAGAGGAAAAACCACCCUGCCAUUUAAUAAGCUACUCCCUCCACGUCUUGGUGCCUUAUGCAAACUCUUUCUGUCUGUGUCUUCCAGCUAAAGAGCACAGCAUUUCCAUCAGUUAAUCACCUGAGUGAUGCAACGGAGUAUGUAUUAUUUCUGUUUUGGUGUGUGUGUGUGUGAGUUUUGAUUUUUCUUUUUAAGAAUCAGAUCUAGCUCCAGCCUUGGUGCUUUGAUGAUGAGAAAAGUUGACAGAAGCACUUUUAUCCUAGGUUUUGACAUUCUCUUUGGUUUUGAAUUAUACUGGUUGUCUUGCUGACCUAUGAAAUGCACUGACAUUGAAGGAAACCUGAUGUGGAAAGAAAUGGACAUGUGUGAUUAUAUUCAAAAAUAAAUUGCGUAUCAGUUG